CUCAACUACCCUUCAUACUCUCACUUCUCACUUCCCAAUAAACUUUCAUUCUUCCACUCACUUACAUUAACUCUAUAUUAUAUAUAAUUUUUGAUAUCAUAGCAUUUUACUUCAAAAUCAAUGGAGGAGUCAGGAGAAAAUUGGUCUUCUGAUUUGGAAAAAUGUGAAGAGGUCAUUUUGGAAGAUGGAGAUUAUGAUUCUUUGUGUGAUGAGACUGAAGAUCGGUUCAAUAGAAAGAAGAGAAAUGAGAGGGAACUUGAAGAAAGAUUGUUGGAACUUUCAGCAGCCAUAGGCUUGAAGAAGAGAAAACUAGACAAAGCUUCAAUCUUAGAGAAAGCUAAACACUAUGUGAAAAAACUUCAAGAUCGCGUAAAAGAGUUAGAACAAGAAGUUGGAUCCAACAAUUAUGGAACAAGCACUAGUAUUCUUCCCGACGUGAAAACCAAAAUGUUACAAAAGGAAAUUCUCCUCACAAUCCAUUGUGAGAAACAAAAGAGUGUCAUGCUAAAAAUACUUACCAAGCUAAAAAAUCUUCAUCUUUCAAUAGUGAGUAGCAGUGUUUUGCAAUUUGGAAAAUCCACCUUUGACAUCACCAUCGUUGCUCAGAUGGGUGAUGGAUACAACAUUACAAUGGAUGAACUAGUGAAGACCCUCACAAUAGUGAUCAUGACAAAGUAGCAUGUGAUGAUUAUGUAUAAAACAAAUGUAAUAUUAGUUGUAAUUCUGUUUAAUUAAUCUACUAUAAUUAAUUAUUUUAUCUAGUUCAAAAA